UUAUACGACGCUAAGCGCCUAGGCUCGAAGAUUAAUCCAGGAAAACUCCUCAAGAAGGCUCAUAAGUCUUGGGAACAGCUAAAGCGUCAUGAUCCUGAUGUUGAAAUUUCUGACGAAGUGACUGAGCAUCUUCUUGUCAGCAACAGUAGCGCACUGUGCGGGGUGUCCCUUGAAGAGCUGGAAGAGAUCUUCCGACCCUUCGAUGAUAAGGCUUCGUUUGUAUUUUUCCCUUGUAAGAGGUCAUACUCUUUCGUGAGUUUCUCAUCGAAGGAGCGGGCAAGCGCCGCUAGGGAAGCUCUUAACGGCGUAGCGCCUGUACAGCUCAAAGUCUCUCAUCAACCGUUUGUGAUAUCAUAUGUGAAGCAAUGUGAGCGAACAGGGUUACCUUUCAUUUCGUUGGUGCUUCUCCUUCAAAGAUUCUUUUAUUUUCCAGCUGAACCCUUGAAGCAUCGUGAUGUUGUUCAUUAUGGCUAUAAGUUCGACUAUAGUGCUAAUUCUGCUUUUAUCCCUACAAAUCCGAUUCCAGAAGCAGUUAAUCGAUUAAUUGAUAGGAUUAUUGACGAUGGUCUAAUCAAUUUUCGGCUUGAUCAGGUGACAAUCAACGUCUACAAACCCGGGCAAGGCAUCCCUUCGCACUACGAUACACACUCGGCCUUUGAGGAUACCAUCGUAUGUUUGAGCAUGUGCUCCGACAUUGUAAUGGAAUUUAAAGAUGGCGCAAAUUCAUCACGGAUUUGUCCUGUACUACUUAAACGGAGAUCCCUAUGUAUAAUGAAAGGAGAGUCAAGAUACCGUUGGAAGCAUGGGAUCAUAAAUCGAAGGUAUGAUAUCAAUCCGAUUACUCAUCGGGUUAUGCCUCGUGAGUUUCGUGUAUCAAUUACUCUACGAAGAAUACGUCGAGAACCAUGCGAGUGCCAAUUUAAGGAGUAUUGUGACUGGGACAGAGGAGGUGAAAUGGGUGUUCCUUUCGAUGAAAUUUCCGCUCGAAGAGUAGAGAGUCUCUACGUCAACGGAGUGUACGAAUGUAUUGCAUCUCACUUCGAUGAGACAAGGUUCUCAAGUUGGAGGGCCGUAAACAGAUUCAUGAGCGCCGUGCCUCCGUAUUCUGUCGUGUAUGACGUUGGUUGUGGAAAUGGGAAGUAUCUUGCCAAGAGUGAUAAUCUGUUAAAGAUAGGAUGCGACAUGAGUCAGAUGUUAUGUCAGAUUGUUAGUGCUAAAAGAUUUAUGGUUAUUCGGGCAGACGCCCUAUGCUUACCCUUCCGCGAAGGAGCAGAUGCCGUUUUAUCCAUUGCGGUUUUGCAUCAUAUGGCAUCAUUAUCACGAAGGCAAACGGCGAUCCGUGAAAUCCUUAGAGUGCUCAAGCCAGGUGGUAAAGCAUGCAUAUCAGUUUGGGCACUAGACCAAAGCAACUCAGAGUACUCAAAGAUGAGGAGACAUAAGGACUCCUCACUGGGUGAGAAGCAAUCACGUCGACUGAAAAUCCAUGAUGGAAGAGAAUUCAUCCAGCAGGACUUGCUUGUUCCAUGGCAGAUAGAACAUAAAGACGAAACAUAUUUCAGGUAUUACCAUGUAUUUGCGGAAGGAGAAAUAGAGGAACUUAUUCGAUCUGUAGGAGGCUGCCAAAUAGACAGUGUUGAAAAAGAACAGGGUAACUACAUAGCCGUAAUAACAAAGCUUCAAAAGGACUGA